GUGGGUAGUGAGGGUGAACAAUUAAUGUGUAUUGAACAGGAGGAGAGCGCUGCCUGGGCAGUCACCCGCCAGCCUCCGGCCCGUUAACACCUUCACUUCGCGCUAUGCUAACUUCACCAACUUGAACCAGGGUGCGUGGUGUGAGGUAGCAGUAUGAGGACGUGGACAACACUGACAACAUGGGCAGUAGCAGCAGCAGUACUGGUUGCAGCAGUGAAUCCAACACAGGCUCAGGCCAGAGAGCGCCGCCCCCUCUACAGGCCCCGUAAGGAAGUAGCUGCAGUAGCUGAAGCUGAACCAAGUGUUCCUGAUGGUAGUGAGAGCAUCAACACACUCCACACCAUUACAUCCAGCCAGCUCAGUAGCAAUGACAGCUACAGAGGCAGUGGAGAUGGUAGUAACAGCACUACCAAUGCUGACAGCUAUGAAGUUUCAAGACCAAGUCCAGGCAAUGAGAAUGCUGGUGCUGGCGUCACCGGCAGACAACAUGGCGGGGGCAACAGGCAGCAUGGUGGUGGAAGAAGACAGCAAGGUGGUGGUGGAGGAGGAAGACAGCAAGGUGGUGGUGGAGGAGGAAGACAGCAAGGUGGUGGUGGUGGUGGAGGAAGACAGCAAAGUGGUGGUGGAGGAGGAGGAAGACAGCAUGAGGGGACCUACAGCAAUGUUGCAACUGGUGAUAGAAUCAGCACUGGAAGCCUGCCUGAAUCAGACAUCUCUCGCCAUCAAAUGGACACCACUAUUCUCUUGCUCCAACGCCUCAGUGACAGGCUUACUGCUACUGAAACACUACAGAACCAGAGGGCAGAAAGAAUAGACACCAUAAACUACAGACUCACACGAAUUGAACUGCAAGCAGAGGAACGCAAAAGCGUGAUUAGUGAACUAAGCAAUUCCCUACGCCACCGCAUGGAGACAACUGAUAAUGAGCUGGAUACGAUUGUUACACACCUUGAUGAAAUUAAGUCUAGCAUUAGAAGCCUCAGCCAACAACACAAUGAAUUUAAAGCCACCAUUAGUGAAAUACCUAAAGAGCAAGGUGCUGAAAGUGGGCAAAGCCUUGGACUAAAGUUGCAAGCUGUGACUGCAACAAUCAACGGACUGCGCUCUGCAAUGCAGGCUGUCAAAGACGACAUUUCACAAAUUGGGCAGAACCUAACUGUACUCACCAAUGUCAGCCAAAAUCUCGGUCAGCUGAGCCAGAACAUCGUUACAAAACAAUACAUGCAUCAGUCUCUCAAUGAAAUAAGAAACAAGGAUACAUCACCAUCAAUGUCCUUGUUAGCCCAUAUGAUGGGUCAGUCCCGAGCCCCUAGACGGGGUUCAGGGAAUCAGGGUAAGGUUUCUACAGAGCCAGAGGACUGCUGGAAGUUAAUGAACCAAGGUAAAAACAAAUCUGGAGUAUACCGCAUCCGGCCAAGCUAUGCCACAGCCCCAUUCUUUGUCUACUGUGACAUGGAAACUGAUGGUGGAGGAUGGACAGUUAUCCAAAGGAGGGAAGAUGGUUCUGUUGACUUCCUCCGUGAAUGGGCUGACUAUAAGUAUGGGUUUGGAAAUUUAGCUGGAGAGUUUUGGCUUGGGAAUGAGAAGAUUCACCUACUCACAAACCAACAUGUAUCAAAAUUACGAGUAGAGCUGGCAGAUUUUGACCAACAAAGUGGACAUGCAGUAUACUCAGCUUUUGCAAUUGGCUCAGAACUAGAAGGAUACUCACUCAAAAUGCUUGGGCAGUACAGCGGAGAUGCAGGUGACUCACUACGGUAUCACGUGGGACGCCGCUUCAGCACCACAGACGUAGAUAAUGAUGCUUGGCCAGAAAAAAGCUGCGCACGGGAUCAUAAAGGUGCCUGGUGGUACAGGGCAUGUGAAACAAGCAAUCUCAAUGGAAGAUAUCUACAUGGACCCGUGCCCGCUGACCAUCAAUACACUGGCCUCUACUGGUAUGACUUCAGGGGGCCCCAGUACUCCCUCUGGAAGUCAAGUAUGAUGAUUCGUCGGGGAGGAAGUGUCGGAGAUCCUGUUUUUAAAGCAUUUAAGGAAGUAAAAAAGCAAGCAACAACAGAAAGGAUAUCCAGCAACAAUCAACAGGAUAAAAUAACCACAACGUCACCAGACAACUUCAACCCAGAUCACGACCCAUAUGCCAUCUAUGAAUAUCCAACGUAUUCAUAGGACACAAUAACACACCAAGAGAACUCUAACCACAGUACCAAUACUGUACUGUAAUUUGGAUGAAUACAACCCCACGAUUUUAGAUGCAUAUAAAAAUAAUGAUUUUGAAUGAAAGUUUUGAUGCAGCAUGUAUGUAACCGACAGUUGAUAAUACAAAAUACCUUCAGCUGCCUCAUAAUGACAGAUUUGGGUUACCCACCAUACCAAAUUCCAUUCUUAUUGUCUAAUUCAAGUACCAAACUUCGGUAAUAUAACGCUCUAUUUACUCGAGACAAUAUAAAAGCUUGGAAACUAUACAGCUAUAACAUAUUUUUCUUCAAAAUAUUGUAUACUGUACAAUGCAGCAGGUAAUUGUGAGAGGCAAUAAAUACUAAUAAAGGCAAUAUCAUGCAAUCCAUUUUGUCCAUUACUGUAAGGGUGUGGUUGAUGUGUUUUUGCUCUUCAGAAUCACCUAUGUUGAAUAGGUCAGUAAAUGUACUACCAAUGAAAUGUAAAUAGCUAAAUAUAAAAUAAGUUGGUCAACUCUAGAUAAGCAUUAAUUAUAAAUAUGCUUUCAGCUAUAUUUUGUGGCAAUUAAAUGUAAAGCUUAAGCAAUAAAGUAAUUAACAUUA